AUGAGUACAAACCCAGUUCGAAAAGGCAGAUUUAAAGCCUAUAUCAAACAUGAUUACCAGUCAUUUAUCAAAGGUGAUUCGCUACCAUAUGAAGAUAGCCUCGUCUGGGACCUGGCAUUGAGUGCUUUAACAGUUGGUUAUCUUUCAAUGGUUCAUUCUGAUAGAUAUGGCGAUAUUUCUACUAGUGAGUUUGAGAUUUGGAAUCAAAUUACUGAUAGAAUAAAGGGUAAGUUUUUCAUUGCAACCAGUGUACCAACAUUAAUUGAGGUGCUGGCGAAGCUUACUGAUAUGUACUCUUUGAAUAUUGAGUUCUGGAAAACAGCAAAUAACGUGGUCUUGGCUAGCGUCCUGGUAACGUUAUACGGUAUUUUAAGGAAAUCUAGCGUGUCAGUAAUGAUUAGCUUCCUAGUAACGAUAAUGUUCUCGCAGAUAUCAAGUUUCCAAGAUUUAAUUUAUACGCUCAACUUUGACUCUUAUCAUUUGCUAGCCUUAACGUUGCUAAUCUUACAUUGGAGGAAAUUUCAGGCCUCCAAAGACUUUUCCGUCGAUUGGUACAUGAAUAUAACACUUGUUUCGAUGUCAUUGAUUUUCGUUAUAAGUGGGAAAUUCAUAGGGUUGGUCUCUUGGAUAUGGCUCAUUAUAGUUUCUUUGAAAUCACUUUGGAUUGUUGUGGGUGAUUUGGAUGUUAAAAACAGACAACUUUUUGCCAUUAUGUUUUGUAGGUUAUUGUUCUUCGUCGUUAUUCCCUUGAUGUCUUUAUGGUACUCUUACUCAUCAUUAAUUGGUGGUUUCACAACAUCGUCAAACUCAAUAGCGUACAUGUCGUCAUCUUUCCAGCAUUAUUCGAUGAGCCAGCACAAUGAUAUUCCAUCUUCCAUCAUUUACGGCAGUUCAAUUAGGCUUCGCCAUGUUAAUUCUUUGGGCGGAUAUCUAUCAGCCUUAGAAAUACCAUACCCUAAAUCUAACGACACAUUGGUAACAGUUUCUGACGAUCCAGAUGAUGAGGCUAACUUUUGGAUCAUUGAAUCUAAUAAAGGAAGAAACACUGAACAGACAGGUUCGAACGCAUUAGUAAAACAAACGGACAAGGUGAAGUUGAGAAACAAGAAAACAGGUCAAUUAUUGAGAGCUUCUGAGGAAAAACCUCCAAUAUCAGACAAAGAAUAUGAUAAGAGAAUAUCAGUAACGGGUGACAGUGACUAUCAAGGGGAUCAAGAUGAAUUAUGGAAAAUUGAAAUUCAAGGGAAAGCAUCAUUCAGAGAAGUUUUGAGACCUUUCAAACAAUUCAUUGUUUUAAAGAAUCCAGCUCGCCGUUGUUCGUUGCUUUCACAUGAAAUCAAAAUUCCGCAUUGGGGUGACAGGCGUCAAGAGGUUCUCUGUGUCGAUCCUGCCAGAGUCAAUAGAGCAUUGUUUUAUAUUGACUUUGUCAGCUCGCCUGAGGCUGGAGUUGUUGAGAAAUACAAAUGGGCCCCUGAAUACCCUUUCUAUAAAUUGGCUUUUGAGUACGUUGUUGGUCAAUUCAGAUUGAACAAAAGGCAAAACAUCGAUAAUACGAGCAUGUCUCCACCUGAUUGCCUGUCUUGGCCGAUUCUUUUCGACAAUAACAACCAAAUCGGUAAAAUCUUAUGGAUAACUUCUACGGUAUCUGUGGGCGUGUACACUUUCAUGGAAGCAUAUUCCUGGUUAUCUUGGAAUAUUUUUGAAGAUACUUUACUUAAUACCACUGCAAACCAAUUAAUGAAAAGAGAAGUCACCUUGGAGGCAUUUUUAGGUUGGAUCCUGCACUUAUACAUUUUUACUUACAGCCUGCACAGAAAUCUUUCCGUUAACCAGUAUAUGCCCUCUCUAUUAUUUGCGGUGAUCAUUCUUUCACAGUUCUCUGUGUUAUAG